CCUCGUUGGUCGCGUGAGUGAAGGUUACGCGAAAUGUUGAAGCAAAAACUGGAACUAUGAUUCUAUGAAAUUCGAUUUAUCUUCGCAGCUUCUGAACAAAUGAGUGGCCUUGAACCACCAUUUGAUGACACGGUUGUAUUACAAGAUAUGAUAGGGGAGCAGUCUUACGACGAGGAUGUGCCAAAUGGCAUAUUUCCUGACGACACGGAGAAGAUUAUUUCUGACGGCCGGUUGGAAGGCAACGGCAGAGAGGAUCCAGAUGAUUCCGUGGAAGUUAAAAUACCAAGCGAAAGACCACAUAACAUUACCAAGGCUAGAUCCUAUGUGAUCGUGGCCGUCUUAUUGUUUAUCAACUUGCUUAAUUAUAUGGAUAGAUUUACAAUCGCAGGUGUGUUGACAAAGAUACGUCCAUAUUAUCAACUUGAUGAUCAGCUCUCAGGACUUCUUCAAACCGUCUUCAUUGUUAGUUACAUGUUGUUGUCUCCACUGUUUGGUUACCUUGGAGACAGAUAUAACAGAAAGAUUAUCAUGGUGGCUGGUAUAUGUUUCUGGUCAGGAAUAACACUGGCAAGCUCAUUUGUACCAGCUAAUAUGUUUGGGCUGUUUCUGUUCCUAAGAGGCUGUGUUGGUAUUGGAGAGGCCAGCUACUCCACUAUUGCACCUACACUUAUAGCAGAUCUAUUUGUGAAGGAUAUGAGGACCAAGAUGUUGGCUAUAUUUUAUUUUGCUAUCCCCAUAGGCAGUGGUUUGGGGUACAUUGUUGGUUCAGAGAUUGCAACUGCCCUUGGAAACUGGAAGUGGGCUCUUAGGGUAACUCCAGUGUUGGGUGUGAUCUGUGUGAUUCUGAUCAGUACUCUGGUGAAGGAGCCACCCAGGGGGCAGGCAGAGGGGGGCACACACUUACACAGCACUAGCUACCUGGAUGAUCUCAAAUACCUUUUGAAGAAUAAAAGCUUUGUAUGGUCCACAUUGGGUUUCACCAGUGUGGCCUUUGUGACAGGUGCCCUGGCCCUCUGGGCUCCCACCUAUGUCUACAACUCCAUACUGGUGCAAGAUCAGGUGGACAGGACACCUAAACAGAAAGAUGACUUGAGUUCCAGUGUGAGUCUAACAUUUGGAAUCAUCACUUGUUUGGCUGGGUUCUUUGGUGUGGGUAUAGGGGCCGAGUCAGCACGGAGACUACGUAGCAAGUUUGAUGCUAGGGCAGACCCCUUUGUGUGUGCCUUUGGUCUGCUGUCAUGUAUGCCAUUCCUCUAUGUUGCCAUUGUAGUUUCUCAGUAUAACACAAUAGUGACAUGGGUUCUCAUAUUUUUAGGUGAAACUCUCCUAUGUCUUAAUUGGUCAAUUGUAGCAGAUAUAUUAUUGGGAGUUGUGAUUCCGACCAGACGUUCAACAGCAGAAGCUGUACAGAUAGUGAUGUCACAUCUUCUUGGGGACGCAGGGAGUCCCUAUCUCAUAGGACUGAUGUCUGACAAGAUCAGAGGAAAUGAGCCCAAGUAUCCCCAGUACGAGUACUUUGCCCUGCAGUAUGCAUUGUACAUCACAGCAUUUGUUGCUGUACUGGGAGGGGGAGCGUUUCUAGCCACGGCAAUCUACAUUGUAUAUGACAAGAAGAAAACUGAUAAAAUUAUACAUGAAGCCAUCCAACUCUCUAACUCUAGUCCAACCAACCCUAUUCCUACCAUCUCUCUCAGUAUGAGAGAUUUACAGGCUAAUGGAAAAGAAAAUGGUCUGCAAGCAGAGGUGAGUACAGAAGAGGAUACAGUGCCUGGAGCACCUGCAGAGCCAAUUUAACCUCCAGAUACCAGAGAGUUUACCAAGAAGAGCUUUUCCUCUUGUGAGCUGUGUGUGAAUAAUACAACGAGAACAAAUGUCUAUAAUCAGAUGAUAUCCAGACUUCAUAAUAAAUAUCUAUAUGCAUCUUAUUUAUAUUUUGAGAUACUCCACAUAUAUACAUUAAAAUGUUUCUUUAAUAUGGUCAUACUUGUAUAAUUAAAUGGGUGACAAUUAUCGAGUAACAAACUUUCCUUCCAUGUGAACGAAUUGAAGUGAAUAGUUUCAGAUAUAUGUAUCUGUUGGAUUAUUUCAUUGCUAUUGUUAUCAUGUUAUCUUUUUAUUAUAUAUAGCUUAUUCAUGUUUUGCCCAAAGAGAUCUGUUGUGCAUGUAUUGUUCCUGUUAUUUUUAUUUUAGCAGUGGUUUUGUCAGUAUUGAAAAAAUGAUCAUCAGAGCAUUCUCGGGCCAUGACGUGAUUUUUUUUUUGACAACUUUUUGACAACUUGUUGAUAAUAAGAUUAAGAUUAGAAUUAAAUUCUUAAUGUUUGACAAAAAUUGAUUGGAAAUUAUAUAUAUAUUUAUAUUCCUUGAAUUAUAUGUGCAAUUAACCAUUCACCCAAAGUGAGCUUUUUUCAAAAUUUUGUCUUCGGAUAGAACUUUACAACUGAUAGUUUUCCAGUACACUGCCUUAAAUCUUUUUUUUUUGUGCUCUGAAGUGUUUUACAGAAUGUUUUGUAAUUUGGUUCUGUAAAACCAAAUAAUGCACUGGUUUUUGUUGACCAUAUACGUACCAAAUUAUAUUCCACGCAAAACCUUUAAUACACAGAUCGGCUUCAUUGUUUGCAUAAAAAUUAAUUUAAGGCUUGGAAAUUGCUUCAAAAUGAUCCUUGAAUAGACUGAAAAAUGUGUGAGAUAGGCCCUUUGCAAAUGGAAUGGUACAGUUCAAGAGAUGGACAACUUCAUAGCCUGACUGUGACCUAACACAGCCCAUGUGCUCAACUUGGCCUAAAUAAACAGCAGGAAGCAAACUUGUGCAGAGCUUAAGAAAGGUGGUAAAAAAAACCCUGUAGCACACUAGUAAUAACAUGUAGGGACCUCUUAAUGGGGACUACUAGUCAUUCGGUUUAGUGUUCUUCUUGCUGUGAAAAAGGCCAUAGUUUGUGCAAUACAUUCUCAGGGGAAACUGUUCAGUGAUGAUUUUCUGACAAAAA